GACAUGAUGAGAGGUUUCUGGCUGCUGACGCUGCUGCUGGCUGCGAGUCACGCUGAGAGGCUCUUCAUCGGGGAUCAGGUCAUCAGGAUCAAUGCAGAGUCAGAGGAGCAGAUCAAACUGCUGCAGGCCCUGGAGACCAGAGAGGAGCUGGAGCUGGACUUCUGGCUCAGCCCGGUCUCCAUGGAGCUGCCCGUCGACAUCAGAGUGCCGAGCUCCAGCCUGAGCUCUGUGAGCGAGAUCCUGAGCGCCAACAACAUCGCCUACUCCGUCCUCAUCAACGACCUGCAGGAGCGUCUGGAUGAGGAGAAGUCCGAGAUGAUGGAGAACCAAAUCAAGGAGCGCAGCGGCAGGAGCUUCAACUUCGGAGCUUAUCAUCGUCUGGAGACGAUCUACAGCUGGAUGGACACUCUGGUGUCUGAGUACUCCACUCUGGUCACCAAGCUGGAGAUCGGGAGGUCGUAUGAGAACAGGCCCAUGUACGUGCUGAAGUUCAGCAAAGGAGGAAACAAGCCGGCCAUCUGGAUCGACACAGGGAUCCACUCCAGAGAGUGGGUCUCUCAGGCCACCGGAGUGUGGACCGCCAACAAGAUUGCCACAGAUUACGGUAGGGACGCCUCCCUGGCCUCCCUCCUGGACAACAUGGACAUUUACAUGCUGAUCCUCGCCAACCCCGACGGCUACCACUACACACACAACAACAAUCGUAUGUGGCGUAAGACCCGCUCAGAGAACCCUGGCUCCAUGUGCCGCGGAGUCGAUCCCAACAGGAACUGGGAUGCAGGCUUUGGUG